CAGAGAUGACGACAAGCGCCCCCAGUCUUGGCCAUUAGCCCCUGUCACAGAGUAGAGUCGGGUUGCGUAGCUUCGCCAAAGCUUGGACUUGGAUGACUUGGAUACAGCCAGCCAGCCAGCUGCACUAGUAGCCAGCUAGACCCGCCAGUCAGCCAGUCUCUUUCACGCGCUCUCUCAACGAAGCAACCGAGCUCUACCCGAUCGCAUCUGCCUAAUCCACGACAAAGACAAGACCAUCUUCGUCAUCCUCAUCAUCCUCGUCAUCUGCGCCUCCUACAUCCCUCACCCGCCAGCCUGAACGCCAAACCGAGCUAUCUUGACAUCUUGACCACAGCCACCUAGAGACAUCUCUCGUGCGACCCAGGCCAAGAGCCCUUUCCUCCUAUUUUCCGGUCUCACCACACCGCCGACAAGACAGAGAGAGGACAAGAGACGCACACACAGAGAGACAGGGAGUCACGAUAUUAGCUCCGGAAAGAAGAAGACAGACACAUCAGCAAUAUGGAUUUCUCCGACUCCUUGUACGUUCUACAGCCAACCUCGGCGUCAUGAACUUGCACGACUUCAACGUUGUUCGCGCUAACUUCUCUGGCAUCCCCAGCCGAAUCGUCAACCUCGUUGUAGGUGUGGUAAUGAUCCUGGGAGGAAUAUCGCAGUUCUUCAACGCUAGCAUCCAUUCCAUUGUCAUUGGCGUAUACGUCAUUAUCUUUGGCGCCUGUGUCGGGCUCCUCGAAUUCCAGAUUCCGCCCCAAGUAUCGCGUUAUGCGUCCUUCAUGUUCUCUUUCAUCGGCCGUGGAAUCUUCUACAUCUUCAUUGGCUCCAUCUUGCUCUCUGACCAUUGGACACGCUACGUAGCUGGUUCCGUCAUCGGACUUACGGGCAUUGUGUACGCGGCUCUGGAAUUCGUGCCCUCGAUCGAGCCCCCUGCCAACAUGCGCGAGGCCGACCAGGGUUGGGGUGCCGAGCAAGUCUAAACUCCCAGCAAAUAAAAGGGACCCGUCUCUAAUCCUACUUGCGUUUCUAUCUUGUAUUGGUAAAAGUUCUUUUAUCACUCGCGCAUGUAAAGUGGGGGCUGCGCUUUCGCUCCUGGCGUAGAGGUUGCAUUUGUUUCUUAAAGUCAGAGGUCAACAAGUUGCGAAAACUUUCAGGCUGAAGACAGUUUUCAACCGAAACAAAAGGAAGUAAAAAAAAUGGGACAUGGACUUGAGGUAAUGGCUCGGCUCGAUGAGGAGUGGGCAGGGAAACGACUUAUAUGAAAAGGAUUUGGUAGAUGGUAAGAUUUUCACCUUGUAUCGGCUUUAAUUGUAAAUUUACGUAUUCAGUGUAAAUUUGAAAGGCUUGGCGCCCAAGGUCACCUGUUUCUAUAUUCAUGGGCGC